AUGCCCACCAUUACUAUGCCUGGUGCUCUUCUGGCCCUCAGCGCCCCUUGUCAUGCCGAACAGGCAGAUUCUUUGAUGGACUCCGAGUCUGUAGGGCGUCCUGAUGCUGGCAAUAUUCCCUGGUGUUGGCCAGUAUGGCGGCAUCGCACUACGCUUAGUUCAACUCCCUUAUCCGUAACGAUAAAUGAGGACACUCCCAGCGCUUGGAAAUCCCAUGAGGUCCAUCAGGCGGUCUUGACAUUCGCCUGCAAUUUCUGGGCUGUUGAUGAUGCCGCCCAAGUGGAUUACAUCAAAAAGGGUCGCCCUGAUAACAACAACCAAGGUCGACAACAUUGGCUGGACUAUUGUCAUGCUAAUUGGUCAAACUGGAAAAUAAACAGUACGGUUGACACUGUGCUGGCUGAACGCGGCCUGGACCCAUAUUCAGUUAUGAAGCGUCUCAAGGUGGCCAAUCUACCAGAUCUCGCCACCUCACAGGUUGCACUUGCAUACUCUGGCCUUGCAGAAGCGCUUUUUGGCCCUGAAUCUUUUACCGAGGAUGGUAUUGCCCUUAAGGAGCCAGUCCGGCGCUUCCUGGACGCCCUCAUGGCCCACCAUUGGGCCAAGAAUAGGAAGUCUAUUGGACAAUUCUUGUCGAUGGCAGAGCAAAGCCAACAUCUGGAUGCUGAAGGCAUUAGAACCUGGCUGAAGGACGUGGAAGGACUUACCAAAAUCCUCACUCGAUAUGGGGAUCACGAGUCGUUGAAGCAGCUUUCAGAGCAGCAGGAAACGCUUAGCGACCUUCUUCAAGGCUUAGGGAUAGAUGUGAAGGAUGGAAACAAGUGCCGUCUACCUAAGCCCCUACGUCAAGCCCUGUCAUUCCUUGCCACUCUGCAGGACAUAUCUCUACUCACUGCGUCCAUCCAUGACCAGUUGAAACUUUGCGAUCCCAAUGCCACGCCACCAGAACCAAUACCAGAGUUUGACCCUGAUGCCACCAGUGACUGUGAUUAUCAGUGGUCCGAAGGCGUAGAGGAAUAUAAUAGUAUGUCUGAGGAUGCCCUAUGGACAAUCCUUGGACUUCCAGAGAAGCAAAUACCGUUCUUUAACCUUUUUCAAGAUCCCUAUGGGAAUUGUGAUGCUUGGUCUGAGGACGGUCAAACCUGGUUAAAAGAAAUGGAGAACCUCUGGCUCUCCAAUGCCUUUGGUGGAAUGCCCGUCCUGCUCAUGGACGAAGUGGGCUUAGGUAAAACAAUCCAAGUCACGGCCUUAAUUGCCGUACUUUCAUUUUAUCGCGAAUUUUAUACCAUGCACAACUGCUUUCCAGGUAAAAUAGCUGGGAAGCAGUGGAGAACGAACGCUCCCAACAUUCCAAAUCUUCCAGUGAUGCUCGUUAUCCCAGCAAAUCUUGUGCCCCAGUUUACUUCUGAGUUGCAUCGAUUUCUUCAACGGGGCGCCUUUGACGUUCUACCCUAUCUGACUACCUGGAGCAGUCGGAGAACUUGGUGGGAAGACAUAUGGAGCAGGUCAAAGCAGCCGGAAGGGCGGCGAAUCAUCAUCACAACGCCCAAAGCUUUAGAAUCUGACUGCGACCGCAUUUUUGAGGCCAAUAAUCUUACCCCAACCCAACACCCACGAAAGAAGACGAAUUAUACCAUGGAUGCCCCCAGCACAGCUUAUGGGCGAGAUUUCUUAUUGGGCCUGGUGGACGAGGCCCAUAACUACCGAAAUAUCAAAAAGGGUUACUGGGCCAUAUUUUGCCUUCGCUUGCUAUGUCAUGCUGUGGUGGCUAUGACAGCCACGCCAAUCACCUCCCGACCUCUGGACGUAUGGAACAUUGGAAGAUGCCUGGGUCUGGAGCUAUUUGGCAGCUCUUACGACCAUGAGGCCUUAAAAAUGGUCCGUCAAUUGCGCGCUGCUGCUGCUAAGGAUCGCAAGCGCUUUAAACAAGGCGACCGCAUUGCCAAGAUAAUCAUGGGAACAGUAAAGGGGGAUGCUGACGUUGACGUUCCCAGUCUGUACCGUAGUCAGAUGCUGACUUGGAUCAGCAUCAUCCGAGAGAGAUUUUCGGGUGUUAUCAUACGGCGCACUAUUUUGUCUGUUGACUAUCGUGGCGUCAGGAUCUCAGGCCUUGCUCCAUUUCAGGAGCAUAAUCUGCUUGUGAAGCUGUAUGGCCAUGAGGUAGACAAUCUUGAACGCAUUGCUAAGGAUUUGGUUGAGGAAGGUGGUGCAAGAGCGGCGAAGUUUGCUUCAGGCUCGGAUUUCUACAUGCGCGUCCGCAGAGCUUUAUUGCACCCUAGCUGCAACCCAGGAUAUCCAUGGGCAAAUCCCUCCAAUUUGGAUGAAUGGAAGAAGGAUCCAUCGCGAAAACUUGAUGUUCUGGCCCAAGUAAUUGAUUGGCAUCAGGCGCAGGAUGGACGUCUCCCUCUACAAGUUGUGGAUGACGUACUAGUAGUAUCAUCUGCUGAUCCUGAUGUCACUGCAGGCGUGGCUGACUCUGUGCCCUGCGAUAAAAUUAUCGUCUACUGUGCUUUCCCUUCUAGCUAUACGCAGGUGCUCAAGGUUCUAGAGCUUAACGGCAUCCCAACUUUACAGAUCUAUGGCAAAUUGUCAAUGUCCACCAGAACUGAUGUAAUUGCGCAAUUCAAAAGCAGUGGACGUGAUGGUCCUCGUGUUCUAAUAAUCUCCAACGUUGGGCUCACAGGUCUCAAUUUACCUUGUGCCAACAUAUUGAUAAUUGUGGAUUCCCUCUGCCAAAAAACCGUCCACAUCUACCGAAUUGUGGCGGCUGACACUCAGGACGUGUUUCUGAAUAACAUCUCCUUCAGUAAAGCUGUGAUCCUGGAUGCAUUCACAGGGGCCACCCCCAGUUUACGCUCUUUGUUCAAUGAUGAGGAGGAAGCAGAGGAAAUGGGCGCCCUUUCGGAGAUUGAUGAUAAGAAGGAAAAAACCAAGUCCAAGACGCCAAAAGUGGGCUCAAAGAAGAAAGGAGGCCAAGCACAAGGUAAAGGAGCUGACCAGCCUUCAGGAAGGUUACAAGAGAAACGAACAGUUAAACCUGUUAAUGAAGACUUCGCAAUUGAAAAACCCAGAGCGAAGUCUCUUGCCCCUCCCAGCUUUGGAAACUCACAGUUGAGCGCUUCAGAGCUCCCAGUCCAGAACCACUUGGCCAAAGCAGCGUCCCCCCAACAGAACUCUCCUCCUGCUCCCAGCAUGAUUGUGGAUUCUGAUAGGGGAGAUAGUGUUAUGCAGUUGGAAGCUCAGAAUACUCAGGACGCGGAGCUCCACAUCCCGAACAAUUUGGGCCAAGCUGCAUCUCACCGACCAAAGUCUCCUCCUAUUCCCAGCACAAUUGUAGCGGCCAAGAUGGGAGAUAUAGCGCAGUUGGAAGCUCAGGUCAAUGGUAGCGUGGAGGAAGGAUUUCAGCAAGCGAACACUAUGCAAGUCAAUACAUCUCAGGGAUGCCAAGACUCCCCCGCAAUUCUUCCUCUUAAGCGCGCAGCAGAUUCUAGUCUGGAGAAUCAAGUAUCAAAAGUCCAAAAAUCAGCAUCCAGAGACGAUCAUAAUGUUUCCACAUUUCUAGCAGAUAUGCAGGACCGCGGCAUAGGAGUUGAUCGAUUAUUUGCUUUCCUUAAAUCCAUACCAAAUUCAUCUGCAGAGAAUCCAGACCACCCGUUGGCGUCUUUUGUUCCAGGGUUGAGCUCAACCACUGAACUUUCAACGCCUGCUCCCUUGAAUCCUAUGGCUAGUGGGGGCAGAAAGUAG